UGACUUGAAAUAAUACUAUGAACCUUUAAGUUCCUUGUCUUUAUCCUCUAUUGAACUAACGUAGGAACAUUCGGGUCUCACUAUUUAGGGGAGGUGAAUUGGUUGAGAAGGCAAUUCAUCUUGUUAGCUCAGGAAAUAUGGCAGAGCAGGUCACGAUAAUGGUGAUCAAAGUGGAUCUUCGGUGUGGUCGCUGUUACAAGAAGAUCCAGAAAAUUCUGUGUGAGAUCCCACUAAAAGACCGAAUCUUCAACGAGAAACAAAACACUGCGACGAUCACAGUGGUGUGUUGCAGUCCCGAGAAGGUCCGACAAAAGAUAUGUAGCAAGGGAAAGGAUUUCAUUCUAGGCAUCGACAUUAUACCCCCCAAGCAAGAGAGACCGGAUCCAGGUGCAGAGAAUAAACCCACCGAAACUAAACAACCAGGUAAAAAGGAUCAAUCCACUCAAACUACAAAAACAAAAGAAUUAGGUCCUACACCUGUUGCACCACCCGCAGAACGGGUUCCUCCUCCACCGGUGCUAGGUUACCCGCCGGUGUAUGUGAUGGGUGGGUUGUAUGUUUGUCCCCCUUGUCAUAAUCGGGGUUGCGGUUGGUUUUGUCCAUGCAACUGUCACUACGAGAGGCCACCGUUGUGCCAUGAUGGGUGUGGGAGGCCGGCCCUUGAGUGUAGAUGUAGGAGGCCUCCGAUGUGCCCUGAUGGGUGCAGGAGGCCGGCCCACGAGUGCAGAUUCGGGAGGCCAGCACCGAUGUGCCACGAUGGCUGCGGGAGGCCAGCCCAUGAGUGCAGAUGCGGGUGGCCACAGAUGUGCCUGGAUGGGUGCGGGAGGCCAGCCCACGAGUGUGGAUGCUGGAGACCUAGUUACCCGAGAUGUUGCGACCUAUGCAAUGAUGGAAGCGCCUCUUCAUCGUGGAUGCUACAUAGUUGUGAUCACUAAAGGCCACCAGCGUGCAGCAAUGCCGGCUACCAGUGCGAAAGUUUCUGCUCGUUUAUGUAAGCCGAGUUUUGUGGUACUUGUUGAAACAUGGUUUUCAUUUCCAUAGAUUGGGAUUUUCAUGAGAUUUGUUAAAUAAUGAUGUGGACCUUCUACUCGCACGAUACUCCGUUCGAUAUCCCAAAAAAUAUCAAUCAUCGGUUCAAGAGAACGAUGUUUUAUA